AUAUUGAUGAAUGUGCAGAGGGGAUCAUUGAGUGCCACAACCAUUCCCGCUGCGUUAACCUGCCAGGGUGGUACCACUGUGAGUGCAGAAGCGGUUUCCAUGACGAUGGGACUUAUUCACUGUCCGGGGAGUCCUGUGUUGACAUUGAUGAAUGUGCCUUAAGAACCCAUACCUGUUGGAAUGAUUCUGCCUGCAUCAACCUGGCAGGGGGCUUCGACUGCCUCUGUCCCUCCGGGCCCUCCUGCUCUGGUGACUGCCCCCAUGAAGGAGGGCUGAAGCGCAACGGGCAGGUGUGGACUCUGAAAGAAGACAGGUGUUCCGUCUGUUCCUGCAAGGAUGGGAAGAUAUUCUGCCGGCGGACAGCUUGCGAUUGCCAGAAUCCAAGCGUUGACCUUUUCUGCUGCCCAGAGUGUGACACCAGGGUCACAAGCCAAUGUUUGGAUCAAAAUGGACACAAGCUCUAUCGGAGCGGAGACAACUGGACUCACAGCUGCCAGCAGUGCCGGUGUCUGGAAGGAGAGGUAGACUGCUGGCCGCUCACUUGCCCCAGUUUGAGCUGUGAGUACACAACUGUCCUGGAAGGGGAAUGUUGUCCCCGCUGUGUCAGUGACCCCUGCCUGGCUGAUAAUAUCGCCUAUGACAUCAGGAAAACUUGCCUGGACAGCCAUGGCCUUUCAAGGCUUAGCGGCUCAGUGUGGACAAUGGCUGGAUCUCCCUGCACAACCUGCAAAUGCAAGAAUGGAAGUGUCUGCUGUUCUGUGGAUCUGGAGUGUCUUCAUAAUAAUUGAAGUAUUUAAAAUGGACUCAUCAUCGCAGAAGAAAAAUGGACAAAAUAACCAUUCAACAUGAUGAAACAGGAGUUGGUGUUUGUUUGUUUGUUUGUUUUUAAACCACAGAAUAUUACCAAAGUUUCCAUUGAAGGACGGUGUUUGGGGGUUGCCCUUUGGACCCACCAUGUUGCUCAUUCUUGCUAACCUAGUCUAGGUGACCUACAGUGCAUUGCACUUAAGUCUAUAAUUGUUUAAAAAAAAAAAAAGUUUCCCGUGUUGUAAAUCAUGUUUCCCUUAUCAGAUCAUUUACAGACACAUUUAAAUGAUCUCAUGGUAAAUGUUAAUGUAUUUUUUGGUUUAUUUUGUGUACAAACAUAAUAGAGACUUGGCUCCUUUUAUUUAUUUUUUUCUGGAUUUUUGGAUCAAAUUCUACAAUAAAGUUGCCUGUUGUGA